AUGAAAGGUUUAGCGCUGAUCCUGGUUUUGGCGGCAGCGGCUCUGGGUGACCACCAGCAGUCAUUGGCUGACCCACCAGUAUGUCCAGAGCGGAUCCCGGGCGUGACACUCAACAUUACCUUCUACCCAAAUGAAGAUGACUGCACCAAGUACUGGGAGUGUGACAACGGAAACCUUUACAACGGAUCAUGUACUGAUGGCUUGAUAUGGAAUCCCAACGUGGACUCUUGUGACUGGCCUUAUAAUUACGACUGUCCUUACGAUAAGAAGGAGCAAAGUCUGAUGCCAGGUCAGUCGCGAGCAGACCCGCCCGUAUGUCCUGAACGAAUUCCAGGUGUGGCAAUGAACAUUACCUUCUACCCUAAUGAAGAUGACUGCAGCAAGUACUGGGAGUGUGACAACGGAAACCUUUACAAUGGCUCAUGUACUGACGGCUUGGUGUGGAAUCCCAAUGUAGACUCUUGUGACUGGCCCUAUAAUUACGACUGCCCUUACGAUACGAAGGAGCAAAGUCUGCUGCCAGGUGAGGUUCCCCAACAGCAGUCACGCGCAGACCCACCAGUAUGUCCAGAACGAAUUCCAGGUGUGGCAAUGAACAUUACCUUCUACCCUAAUGAAGAUGACUGCAGCAAGUACUGGGAGUGUGACAACGGAAACCUUUACAAUGGCUCAUGUACUGAUGGCUUGGUGUGGAAUCCCAAUGUGGACUCUUGUGACUGGCCAUAUAAUUACGACUGUCCUUAUGAUAAGAAGGAGCAAAGUCUGUUGCCGGGUGAAGUUCCCCAACUGCAGUCACACGCAGACCCACCAGUAUGUCCAGAACGAAUUCCAGGUGUGGCAAUGAACAUUACCUUCUACCCUAAUGAAGAUGACUGCAGCAAGUACUGGGAGUGUGACAACGGAAACCUUUACAAUGGCUCAUGUACUGACGGCUUGGUGUGGAAUCCCAAUGUAGACUCUUGUGACUGGCCCUAUAAUUACGACUGUCCUUACGAUAAGAAGGAGCAAAGUCUGCUGCCAGGUGAGGUUCCCCAACAGCAGUCACGCGCAGACCCACCAGUAUGUCCAGAACGAAUUCCAGGUGUGGCAAUGAACAUUACCUUCUACCCUAAUGAAGACGACUGCAGCAAGUACUGGGAGUGUGACAACGGAAACCUUUACAAUGGCUCAUGUACUGACGGCUUGGUGUGGAAUCCCAAUGUGGACUCUUGUGACUGGCCAUAUAAUUACGACUGUCCUUACGAUAAGAAGGAGCAAAGUCUGUUGCCGGGUGAAGUUUCCCAACUGCAGUCACUCGCAGACCCACCAGUAUGUCCAGAACGAAUUCCAGGUGUGGCAAUGAACAUUACCUUCUACCCUAAUGAAGAUGACUGCAGCAAGUACUGGGAGUGUGACAACGGAAACCUUUACAAUGGCUCAUGUACUGAUGGCUUGGUGUGGAAUCCCAAUGUAGACUCUUGUGACUGGCCCUACAAUUACGACUGUCCUUACGAUAAGAAGGAGCAAAGUCUGCUGCCAAAUAAACCGACUGAGUGUUCUCAAACUUCAAAUGGUAAACAACUGACAGUCACGUUUUAUCCCGACGAAAAAGAUUGCACCAAAUUCUGGUCAUGCGACAACGGAAAUCUCGUCAAGGGUUCAUGUCCAGUUGGUUUGAUAUGGAAUCCCAAGAUUAAUGCUUGUGACUGGCCUUAUAACUACAAAUGCCAAUACUAG